CCACCACGCGAUGGGCAUUCGACAUCUGGACACAUUCAUCCGUAAGAAAGUCGCCAAGGGGUGUUCUAAAGUGAAUAUUGAACAUGCGAUUCGGGAAUACUGCAACGAGGCUCGCGAGUCGAAUCCUCCGACACCGCCACCUGUUAUCGUCAUCGACUUGAUGGCUUUGCACUGCACACUCACAUCGAUAGAUAUGGAGUCGUUGUUUUUUGGAGCGCGGUUCAACGUGGGAUUCUGGACAAUUGAUAGAUUCUUUGCCAAACUGAAAGGCCUUGGAGCAGAGCUCGAGUUCUUCCUGGACGGUACGGUGCCAAGCUUCAAACUGCAAACCUGGCGUGAACGGAGGGAUACCGAGUAUCAGGAGUUAAUUGAACUAAUCGAUGCUGUUGAUAAGGGUACUGAUAUCGAGACGAUUCUUGAGCAGCUGGGUUCACCCGGAUGCUCAUAUGCAGUGGAAUAUCUUGCGAAAAAACAUGGCAGGUUGACAGUAUCGAUGGAAAAAGAAUGCGAUCAGGAAUUGGCUGCUUUUGCUUGCAAAUCAAAAGCCAUGGCCAUCAUUUCGAACGAUUCGGAUUUCUUGAUCUUCGAUGGGGACUGGCGCUAUUGGUCAUGCAGGGAAAUCGAUAUCAACACCCUGGAAGCAGUGGAAUACAACCGACGAGCCUUGCUCGAACACCUGGGAUUGAACUUUUCGCAGAUGCCACUGUUUGCGACACUCUGUGGAAACGAUAUCGUAAAAUUUGAGGAAGUGCAACAUUUUCACUACCGUCUGGGACAGUUCAGUCGAAAGUUUAUCAAUGUGGCAAAUUUUGUUCGGAAACAACCAGCGGACCUGUCUAAUCCUGCUGAUCUACAGAAAAUUUUAAAGCAUGCCUUCGGCUCCCGAUACAAGCAAAUAGAAAUGCGCUUUCAGCAGAGUUUAGAUUUUUACAAAACGAACUACACUGCUGCAAACCCCAACCCAAAUAACGACCCAGCUGUAGCCGUCGUCUUGGAACAAUCCAGUCCAUUUAUGUAUCAAAUGUGGCAUAACCAACCCUACGCUGUAUCAUUCGGAUUGUGCGAUAUGCGAAGCGACGAUUUGGGAAAUCAGCUGCCAAGGCUUGCCCUCCGGAUAAUGCUCCGCACGGCCGGCAUCAUUGUGUUCCAUCGUCUGAAACGUCGCCGAUUCUACGCAUGUUCACUUGUCGUCAAACUCAACCACGAAUCCAACCACGCCCAGCAACGUUUUCCAGUGGAAUUUCCACCCUUCAUGGAACCACCGACCUUGGUAGAUUUAUUCUCCAGAGAUCCAGCCGCCAGUCACAACCUCUUGGACACAAAGCUUCAGCUGCUCAGCUGGAUCGUAUCCGACAGCUUGGACUAUAGACGAGUGAAACUGGUACUGAGACCGCUGCUUGCUACCGCACUAACUCUGUACCUUCUGAUGGAGCAGCGCGUCCUUCAACUGUUCGAAGCCGAUCUGCUGCUGCAAGUGGCGCACGAGGUUGUGACUGAAACGUACGACCCCGCUGCGGUGGAAUAUCCCGGCAAGGUCGAUAGCCGCCCAUUUCGGUUGGUGUUUUUCUACAAAGAAGUUUACAAUCGCGUUUCCAAUGCUAUAGAAUCGGUUGGUUUAAAUCUGAAGGGUUUUCGCGAUGAUCCUCCCUUUGAUGGAGUGCUUUUUCACAGUCGCUACGGGGAUUGGGCUAAAGGAGGAGGUGAUCUGAUGCAAAUCGAGCAGUGGCGUAUCUAUGCAGUGGAUCAUCAAAGACGUUAGUUGGCCGUAGAAAGAAGCAUGUUACGA